AUGAUGCGAUUCGGUGGGUCAACGUCGUCCGCAUUCUCGACGCCGUCAACGUCGCCGGACAUUUUACGCGCCGCCGUGACGUCAUCGUCGAAGCCAGAAGACGUCGCGACAUCUUCUGCGACGAAUCCGACGACGAGACGACGUCUUCCGCCCUUCGACCAGCGGGUCAUCGCCCAGCAGCAGCAAUUCCUCGCCUCAAUGCCUCGGAACGGACUUUUCAACGAUGAGGCUGACCUGGCCUGCUUGGUUCGUUACAGAUUUUCAUAGAAAGAAAAAAGGUUCAUUUUGAGAAAAUUCAGGUUGAAUAGGAUAUAGUCCAGUUAGAAGAGUUAGAGACUCAAGAAAUGGGAAUGGCUAGAGUUAUUAAUUGAGAAGCAUGUUACUGUCAUGAAUUACUGCUUCAAAGAUGCCUCUAAAAUUUCACUUUAUCUCAUUAUUUUGUUUCUGUCUGUAUUGAAGGUUGUAUUUGGAAUGGCUAUUCCGUCAUUUAUAUCUCAGAGAAGGAGAAAAAAGCCAUUCCGAGUGCGGCUCUGAAAGUACAAAAUGAAAGUCCCGUUCCCGAAUAUUUUUGAAGAAGAUUUUUAGUUUUUCAAUCGUAACAGGAAUUUCUUGAUCUUCGUAAUUCUAAUCAAAUUCACCUCAUUUUUGACGACCGCAAUGGGAAUGGCUUUUCCUUAACAUUUUCUUUUUGUUUGUCGGCUUUUUGAACCAUUUUCACAUCCAUGGAGCGCAUGUGUUCUUUUGUACACGGCUGUCUGAGCUUUGCCUUUUCAAAAUUUUAACGAAAUCCAUUCGGAAUGCAACUUUCUUUGAGAGAAGAAGAAAAAGCUCUGUAAUCAUCCUCGCUAUUUCCCCUAAUAAAAAGCCGAAAUAUUUUUCAAAAAUUAAAAAGCAAAAGUCAAACAAAAUGGCCGUGAAGCCGGUCAAACACACCUGCGGGACCGAAUAUUGCCCUCAGAUUGGCCUUUUGCGUGGCGAAAAACAAGCGGCUACUGUUCAAAUAGAGCGAAAAGAUAUACAAAAGAGGACGACGUUUUUUGAAGAGGCUUGUCACAUAAUUAGUGCGAAAAUCUCUUUUCUGUUUUCGAGUUCUUUAACUUUAAAUUCAUAUCCGUGAAAUAGAGUUCAUUUUUCGAUAGAUAAAUGGUCUGGAACGGGAAAAAUAGUACUCAAUUUUAUAUCUUUUUUGUUUUAUCACUUCAUUAUUUAUUUUUUUUUAUAGAGUGACUAGAAAUUUUUUGAACCUUGUUUAAUUAUUUCAUCAUUACUCAAUUCCUAAUUGUUUGAAUUAGGUUUUUAUUCUUUUGAUUACUCGACAACUUUAAAAAAAACACUAGAAGUUCUUUUUUUUUGAAAUUAUCUCUUUAAUGAGAUCUUCUUAUUAAUUGGCUUGCUUGGAAAAAAAAUCCUUCGUUUCAAAAGUUUUUCCGUUUCUCCAGUUUUGCUUGUUUGAUCAUCCCCAUUUGAAGGCUCUCCUAACACCAAUCAAUACAAUAUAACAACCCAGAAUUUGAAUUUGCAACCUACAAAAUGCGAAAACAAACAAACAUGCCCACGCUAUUGCUAUUGAGAACAGACGGGUUUUUUUCUCUUUUUUUUUCUUUUUCUUAAAAGGGAUGAUUCAUAGAAACUCUAAACAUUCUCUUUUUUCCCUGCCCCUUUUUAGCUGAAAAAUGACGUGCCCUGGAAAAUUUUUCAUUUUUUUUCAAUACGAUCCCAUGAACAAAUAGAUAGAUUUUCCUGGGGGUGACGGAAAAAGUUCCAAAAGAGAAAAAAAAAACCGAAUUUCUGUGGACAAAGUAAGUCAUAUGGACUGUUUGAAGUGCCUCGGAAAGUUCUUUAUAUUGGGCCAAGUUUGAUGGUAACGAAUCCAGAAAAAAACUGCCGCAGAGUGACGUUUUUUUGCGCUCCAAGGAUAGAAAAAUGGUUCAGUUGAGAUAUUUGAGAACUAUGGUUUACAAAAGAGGUUAUUUUUCUUGGAUAAUCUGAGAACGUAAAGAAGGGGAAAAAAGCCAUUCCAAAUGCGGCCAUCAAAUUAGGCCAAUUGCAUUAGGUUUAUGAAUACAUGAAAAUUGAUUAUAUAUUCAUUGACAAUUUAAAAAAUGAGGUUGGAAUAUCUUUUGGAGUUGUAAAAAAAAAUGGAUGAUCUCUUUUAUUCAUGUGAAGUUGUCAGAAAAAGCCAUUCCAAAUGCGGCCCUUAAACAAGAUCAAGCAUUAUAAACCUAUGAAAUUUCAUUAGAGUCAGACUAGUUGAGCUUAAUUAAUUUUUUGACCUCCACCGGCUGAUCUGAAACUUUUUUCGAUGUUUGCAAGGCUUAAUGAUCAAAUAAGUAUUGAAGAAGUGAUUUUUCAGGGCCUCGGAACGGUCCAGCAGCCCCAGCAUCAUCAGAUGUCCCCUUGGGCUCCGGCGCCACUGAUCAACACCAUCCACGGCCUCGGACCCGACACCUCCGCCGAUCAGGCGCCGCUUCAUCGAAGGAGGAAAGAUCAAGGUGAUUUUGGGCUUUUUUAAAAAGUUCCAUCAUACAUGAGCAAGUGAAGAACUAAAUAAGUUUGGGAGGAGAGCUUUGGUUUACGGAAUUGAACUGAAGUAACGGGAAAAAAUGGCUUCAAUACCCAGAGAGAUGGUAAUUAGGUAAAUUUUAAAAAAGUUUCAGUUUUAGGAAAGUAGCUCUGAAAAUGUUGUCAAAAAGUAUAGUAUCAUUUUUAAAAACGCACUUUCAAAUCAAGAUUUUCAUGGAAACUCGGUUUUCCGGUUUAAAAAAAUUUCACGAGCUUUUUGAGGGCUCUUAGUCUCUUUGAAGCAUAAUGUUAUCAUACAUUGAAAUUUUUUUGAUUGAUUUAUAUUUUUUUAUUGUUUUUUUCGUUUGAUUUCAACAUUUUUUUCAACUUGUUUUUUUGGAAUUUCGCCUUCCGUAGGAAAGUUUCCGUUUCAAAAACUCGAGACUUGCAGAUUUUCAUAGUAGAAGUUUUAAAAAUCAAUGAAUUUUGGAAAAUUAUCUUUUUUACUUCAAACUCAAAUACGUAUGUUCCAGGCGAAUCGGUCAACGACGAUGGAUUCGAAGAAGAGAAUCGGAAUCACCGGAGUAAAAGCCAACGAAGCGCGUUCCCAGGAAUGAGAGGUGAGAAUUCUUUGUCCAAAUAUUCCAAAGAAAGAAAGUCUGAUCAACUCGAUUGCCGGAACAUUUCUAUGCUCUCGCAUCGGGAAGGAUUUGUUUGAACAUGAUCCAAUAAUAUUGGAAUACAUUGCCCUUUUCUGUAUCGCUCGUGUGUAUUUGUGAGGCGAGCAUCGGAACACCUUUUAUGCGCAAAAAUGGGUUUGAAUAGAGUAGUGAUUGGAUUUUUUUAGAUUGUGUAGAGCUAUUGCGUGUUUUAGGGCAGUUGGAAUGAGUUUGGAGGCCUUUUUGAGCUUUUGGGGGUGAGUUCUUUGAGAGCUUUUGACAUGAACUUUGCCAAUUUUGUGAAAAGAAUUUAUAAAACUCAGAAGUAAUAGAUUUUUUUUAGAUCGUGUAGAUUUAUAGGUUGUUUUAGUUUAGUUGGAGAGUGUUUAAAGGAUUUUUUGAGCUUUUAGAAAGUUGGGAGAGUUGUUUGAGGUUUAAGAUAAUUUUUCCAUGAAACUAAUAUAAUAAUAUUUCAUUUAUAAGCUCUCGAAUCAGCUUAGGUUUGAAGUUUGAAUGAAAACUCGUGUAUUUAUUCAUUGAUGCUAUUUUUUGAGUUGGAGCGCAGAAAAGGACUCUAAAAUAGCUUUUCUUUAAGUGCGAUUAGAUCCAACUUUCUCGGUUUAAAACAACUAUAAAUAACUUAAGAAAAAGAUCUCCAUUCCUCUUGGACGUCGGCCCAAAAAUGGCAACAUUUUAUCAGACGCCUCUCUGAUAUCAAUCUGAGUAGAGCGAGAAAAAAGAAGUUAGAACUUUUGCCACGCCGCGCCGUCGAAACCAAUCCAAUCAGUCCACCGCCUCCUCCACUAGCCAAUGAUAACGCUUUAGAGCUCCUGUGACAACGAGACAAUAAUCAUUGAUAGCACCGCAACUGGCAUUAUCAAUAUUUGGCGCUCUCUGAUAAACGCUGAUAAAAUGUUGCGAUUUUGGCGACGCCACCACCUGUCAAGUGCAAAUCGAUCGUGUAGGGAGAAACGGAUUGUACAAGGGAGAAUUUUGGGUUGUUUAGAUACAAAAGCUGAUGAAGUUGGUUCUAUUUGAAAACAUGGAAAUUUUGAAGAGUCGUUCGAAAACAGGUGAAAUUGAGGUUUUUUUCAUUUUUGGUUCGAAAGUUCAAAAUUUUUAAUAGAGCCGGUGGGUCAUUGAAAAGCAUAUCCUUAGACCACAGUUGCUUCGAAAAAUCGGCUUUUUCAUGUUUUUUUCGAAGCAACAUUUUCUUAUGGCGUACUUCGUACCCAAACAGUUCAAAAAACAUCUUACAAAAAACCAAACAAAAAAAAGCGGUAACCUCUAGGGUGGGCUUUUGUACGCCUACUGUUUGACCUGGCGCGGCGCUUUUAAGUCUAAACGAACGAAGAAACAGUUUUUCGCUCCUUUUAUUCUAUAGUAAGGCAAAUAUGUCUGGGAAAUCUGGGUAAAGUAGAAAAAGUUGUCUGGGAUUCUUUUUCUAGGAAGAGUCUUUUUUGAACUUUAAGUUUUUUGGAUGGAAGUGAAGGUGUUCUUGAGCUGGGUUUUAAAAGGCUGAAUCGAAUUUUGAAUUUUAUUCAUCAAUGGGAAAGCCUGGAAAAAGCUUAAUAGUCAUAAAAACGUAACUGGAUUAAUUAUCCGGCUCAAAAUUACGAAAAAAAACAGGUCGCGAAAGCAGUAUCGAAAUCUGAAAAAGUCAUUUUUUCUUUGAGAUGUGUACGUCUUCAAAACUCUGUAGAUGCUUGACUAAACCUUCCUCUCUCCUACUCGAUUUUAAAACGUUUUCGUAGCUUUACCUACCGAAUCAAGGCGUUUCCGACUAGACUUUCUUUUUGCCUCAUGUCACACAAUCACGGAGCAAAGUGCACUCACCACAGAAAGGUGACGGCGAGCCGUGGCAAGUGUUUUAUUUUAAAAAUGGCGCCGGCGGCUGUCCGGCCCGGUACGGCCAGACACACUUUUGCGUGUGCCGCCGCGUUCGCCACCGGAAAUUUCGCUAUCUCUAUUUUUUCUUUUCUCUUUGUCGUUCCCGAGUUCUCGAGGAGCUCAUGAUGAGCCUGAACCUGACAAAAGUGCACUCGUGAAGGCGAUGAUGAACCGAUCAGCUGUUCUCUCAGACGUCUCUGAGUACUUUUACCUCGAAAUUUUUGAGAAAAUGUUUGGAAGAGGGGUGAGAAGCUGAACUGAGGGAAGUGGAAGUGGUCAUUUGAGGGACGCUUGAUGCUCACCUCUUGGAAGAUGAAAAAGACGUUUGGCAAGCAAAAAUGAAGCUUUUCCAUUGAUCUACUAAAAAUCGCAAAAUUUCUGUAUUUUCGAGGAAAGUUUUUUGCCAGAAAAGUCCGAAUCAUAGCAACAGUCGGAGCAAAGAAAGUUGCAGAAAGUUUGGAGCAAUGUUUUCAAAAAGUACUCAAUUUUGAGCGAUUUCAAAUAAAACAUUAAAAGCUCCACUAGAGGCACAUUCAUUUGAUUUUCAGUGACAGGAAACUUGGUAUGAAAAAAAAAACCAACGAAAAUUCAAACGGCGACUUUUCCGAUUUUUUCAUAUCGCUAGGGAACUUUCCGACGGCCACCUUUCCGCCGAAUCUUUUUCCGACUUUUUUUCCCUUAUGUUUUUCGGUUUAUAAAACAUCUAUAAACAUUUUUUUCCCUAUUUAUUUGUUUUUUAAUCAUGAAACAACUACCUACAUUAUAUAGGAUGUUUUAAAACGAAGAUUUUAUCGAGAAAAAAAAGUCGGAAAAAGAUUCGUCGGAAAGGUGUCCGUCGGAAAGUUCCCUAGCGAUAUGAAAAAAUCGGAAAAGUUGCCGUUUGAAUUUUCGCUGGUGUUCUUUUCGUACCACCGGAAACUUCUCAACGUACGUUUCAAACAAAAAAUAAUACGUGACAUUUUAAACUCAAAAACUAAUUCGAGUUUGGCUGAUUUUUUGGUUUCCAUCCAUAUCAUUGGAAAAGCUUCUGCUCUCCACACAAUCGGAGCGCAAUCGGAAAAGAAAAAUUGAUGACAGCGGGGCCACCGGGCACAGAAGGUGUAAGGAAGAAGGCGAAAGUGUACGCGUCCCUGCUCACGUGUGCUGAUUCGUACAACUCUCGUUGUCGACGAUUGAUCAAGAUUCGGUGGGGAUCCGUUUGGACUCCCGAAACCUGAGUUCAAUUCCGGGAUCGACGGACACUUUUUGAAGGCUCUGUGGAGACUUCAAGAUGUGAUGGAUAUUUUGGAUCAGAAUCUUGAAAUUUUGAAGUUGGAAUAUUGGUGUUUCUGCCAAGUGGGGAGGUUCAAUGGUCUUUUUAAGCACCUUGGAGGUUUUUUUGAAGGAUACAUGGACUUGAAGAUGCAUAGGAUCUGAGCUUUUGAGCUAGGGAAUUUGAACAAAGUUUUUCAAAACGCGUAAUUCAUUUUUUCUCCCCGAAUGAACCAACAAUUCUAACUGAUUUCAAAUUUCUGCAGAGGCUGAUCCUCACAUAGAAUUUUUUUAAUUUUUUUGAAAAACCGGCAAAAAAAGCUCUGCUAAGCUCUAAAUGAAGAUCCGGAAACCAAAAAAAUGCAUGAAAUUCUAUUUUUUUGAAAUACUUCCUCAGUAUUUGCUCUUUAUAAAUAUCUUCCAUUUUUUUAUUCUAAUAGUUCAAAAAGUUGGAAAAAAAUCUUGAGCUUUUGCCCAUUUACAGUUGAUUUUUCCGCAGUUUGUCACAUCGAAAUAGAUUAUUUAGAGAGAUUUUUUUGAAAACUGCUUUUUUUCUUUCUUCCUUUUUUUGACCAAUUUGAUAGAAGUACCAUUUAUUUCAUCCCAGUCUGAAAGUUUAUUUCAGCAGAGAUUCGCUCAAAAAUUAACGACGCCUGAUGGCAUCGGAGAAAAAAAAACGAGAAUUUUUUACGACCUUUUCUUGCCACCCGAAUUCUUCGUCUUUUUCUUCUAUUUCUGUACGAUGAGACAAAGAAGAAGAAGAAGGACACGACGGUAAUUAAUAACCGUUGCGAAAAACGAAGGGCAGCGUGAAAUAUUGAAUAAAUGUGUUGAGAAAAACCGGCCAAGCUCGUUUUUCAACAGCCUUCUUAAAGUUCGUUCGGACUGAUUUUUAUCGGGAUUUCUGGGCUUUUUGAAGUUUUUUGUAGGGAUUUUUGAAGGAAAAAGGUUUCUUGUUGGAAUCAAAAAAUUUUUUUGGUUAUAGUGAAGUUUUAGUACUCUGGUGAAAUUUUCCAGCUUUUUUUCUUCCCUGAGUUGAUUUUUUUAGCUUCCAAAAAUAAAUCAGAUAAUGAAAUCUGACUAACCAAGGUUCAUAUUGCAAAAACGUUUUUAAUGUUCUAAAAACUAUUUUUGACCUCCAUAGAAAAAUCCAAGUCUGUCAAGGUUGAAGAACAUAGCAGAUGAUGAUGAUAUGUGUGCAUGUUCCUCCAUCGAAACGAUCAAAUUCGUUUUUUUUUUCUCAUUUUUUCAUCUUUUCGGCUAUGCAUGAUAGCCCCAACUUCCAAGGUCUUUUCCAGCGUCUCCGCGCUGAGAAAGUCACAUUAGUUUGGUUUUUUGUCUUUUUUUCGAGAUUUCCAGGGAAGAUAAGGUAGAAAAAAGAAGACUGAAAAAAUUUUCGAAUAAAAAAUGCCACUUUUUCCCUUGGAAAUGAGCUCUAAUGAGGAGAAAGCAUAAGAACAGCUUUGAAUUUACUGUUUUGUUUUUCGAAUUUUUAAAGCUUUUUUCCAAUAAAAAAUAUAGUUUGAAAAAUAAAAUUCUUUAAAUUUGGCCGCAAUAAAAAAUGUUUCCCCUAUUUCUUCAAGACCGAUUAUUAUAUUUGCUUCAUUUUAAACAUCUUGUCCGCAUUCGGAAUGGGCUCAGAAUGCGCGCUGCUUUUUUUAAAAGCUGUUUUUUCGAAGCCGAUUCGAGUUGAGCCAUACUCCUUGCGACCGUUUCGAACCGCAAUGAAUAGACUACAAGUUAAUCCUAGCCUUUCUUCUCAAAAUUGAGCGAAAAACGUGAAAACUCAACUGAAAACUGAAUAUUCGGGUAAUCAAUGCUCUAAGAAAAAAUCGCAGUCCAAUAAUUUACUUUUUGAGUCCAUUCUUACCAUUUCUCCAACUUGAACAAAUAGCGAAAAGGGCAAAAAUGCAACAUUCAAGUGCGCGGCGACCCUCGAACAGUCGUUCUUUCUGCGUUUUCCCGAUUUUUUUCUGUCCGAAACUAACUUGAGAUGGAAAAGAAAAGAAAACGGAGGUAAGAACGGUGUUCUUCUGCCGUCUCUUUGAGCACAGCCGGUCGGCGGCCUCGGGUUUUUUCUCUUUUUUUUUUCUCCGUCGGCGGUUCGUUCCUGCGUUCCCCCACAAACACACAGCCUCUCCCACAUUGCACUUUUUUCUUUUUUUGCCUUUGCCCAACCGUCCGCGCCGUUUGGUUUUUGUGUGUGACGUUUUGUCGUUGGCACUGGGGGAGAAGGAGAUUUCGAGGGGUUUUUUUGACCGUAAUUAAUUAUCCAAUUUAAUGAAGGUGAUAAGAGUGGAGAAGGGCGAAUGCAAGAGAAACACUUAAAGCAGAAAAAUACUGACUCAGAGUUUUAGAUUUUUUGAGAUUGAGGUAAGAAACUUUGGCUGCCCUUUUUCAAGUUUUUGAACUUUUAGGACUCACAGAAUGUUAAAAUCAGAAAGUUGGACUUUUUUGUUUGAAAUGAACUUUUCCUGAUAUUUCCAAUUAGAAUGUUCCGGAUCAUCCAAAUCAAGUUUCUUCAAAUCAAUCUUUAUUUCAACUCGAUUUGAGAUUUUUUUCAUUUUCAAAUGACUCCUUCAUCAAGUUCAGCUCGUUCUAGAUCAUCUUAAUUUUUACAAGACCUUGAAAAAACUAAAAAAAAACGGAAGCACUUGAUGCCCAUCACACAAAACGGUAAUUCGACUCGGAAUCAGAAUCCAAAGUCGAAUUAGCCGCGUCUCGUUUGGCGCUGGGGACCUCUUUGAUGUGUUCAAUCGAAGGAGAAACAAAAAAAAGUCAACUCUUCCUUGAGAAGAACCUUAGAUAUGGCCGCGCACCCUGGCCAAGCAAACAAGAAAUGAGAGAGGAAAAAAAAGAGAAAACCGAUCAGUUGCCAGAUAACGGUUCAACUGACUGACGGUUCCUUUUUUUCGAUUCGAUAAGUUUUUUUGAAAGAAUAUCUGGGGCUGUUUGAAGUGAAAAUAGUUGCUGGACAAGUCAGAGAAGGAAAAAAAAACAUCUCGGGAAUUUACUUGAAAAAAACUCAGAAGGAUGAAAAGGGAAGUUUCUGGACCAUAACACAUUCAAUUUUUUUUUUUUAUAAUUUAAAGGCGCAUGGGUUGGACUAUUCAAAAGAGUGUAGAUUUGAUGCCGAAUCGGACGUCAAAGCAAAAAAUGCAGUCACUUUUUUGAAAAAAAAACUCACAGUGUAACUUUCUCGAAGCACUUAGGGAGUGCGGUAGAUUCCCAGACACAUUCUCCUUUCUUCUUUGGAAACAAAGACGACGGAUGGGAACCGAACCAUUGCUCAGACUAGAGAACUUGCACUUUUAUUUGCGGGCGCGUGAACGAUUCUUUGUUCCGAGGAAUCGGAAAAAUAUUGUUCUCAAGUCGAUUUUUUGCAGAGAUUCCGGUAUGGCUGAAGACGUUGCGAUUGCACAAGUACACGAAUUUGUUCGAGAAUCUGAGCUACGAGCAGAUGAUGGCCCUGGACGAUGCGCAGUUGGAAAAGAUGCAGGUUUCAAUAUCUACUGAAAAAAAAAUAAAAAUAAAAAUUAUUUUUCAAGGUUACGGCUGGCGCAAGGAAGAAGAUUCUGCAGUCGAUUGAUAAGUUGAAGCUCCGAGCGCCGCACUUGAGGAUCUUGGAAUUUGUGAGUAGAUGAAUCAGACGUCGCGUUACUCGUUUCAAGUCGGAUGCAAGCAAUCCUUGGAGCUUUGAGUUAUUUCAUAUGUGGAUAAUAAAAAAAAGAUCCUAAGAAAAAUUACGAAAAAAUAAGCUGCAUUGAGUCGCGUCGCGGUUGCGCAGCGGUCGGAUCAAAAACGCCAGAAGCUUAUGAAUCGUUCGGAUCGACUCAUAGCAAAGAACUUUACCUUUCAAAAAACGUUUCCAAUUUUAAGUGAUUUUCCUCAUUUUUGAUCUUUUCAGGGCCUGACGAAGCAACCGCAGAAUCAAUGCUUGAGAUGUGCGAUCUGCACAGUCCGACAGAUGCUCUCCAGCCCCUUGAAGCGGUUCGAGCCUCCGACUUUGAACGAGUUGAACCGAAGAGGCCCUGCCUCCUCGUUGGAACCGGCCGCGGUCGGAGACGUCGACUGCUUCCACGUCCCCUUCUUCAUGAUCUCUGAUGAGGUUAGUAAAUAAACUUGGCAGCUCAUUUUCUUUAGAGUUUCUUCCAAGAAUCUGAAGACCUUCUCAAAUUUUGAAGGCGUCCCUUAUAAUGACUAGACGUGAAAAAGAAGUCGAAAAGUCUGCCAAUUUAGCUGAUCAUUUUACAGAACCUCACGGGAAUGCUGUUCCGAAUGGCGAUGCUUCUUCACGCGCUCGCCUUCCCACAAACGCAGCAGCAACCGUUGGCGGAACUCGAAGACGAGUACCUCCUCAUGAUUUUCUCCAUCUUCGAUCGGAUCGUCAACAGUGAUGUGAGGAUUCUAUCAGCCUAGCCUGACUUUUGGUUCUUAGGUUCUCAUGUAGCUUUGGUUGAUUUCAGACUUUGGAAGCUUUUUCACAUUAAAGUUAAUAUAAUGGCUAGAAUGUAAAUAUUCCAAGUCUAACUUCAAUAAGCUAAAAUUCGGAAAGAAAAAGAGUUUCACAAAUUUCAAAUUCUAGUCCUUCUCCUACGCUCAACAACGCCACGCGCUGGUCCUCAAGAAGCAAGCUCGACGUUACGUCUGUCCGAUGGAGCUUCGGAAACAUCGGAUGGGAAUGCCGCACACGCAACAGUGCGAAAGGUGCCAUCACGUUGAAGCCGUCGCAAGAGACCGCAUGCUUGAACAACGGGAGAAGCAGGAACGACAGCAACAACAGGCCGCGCUGAUGGGUUUGACCAUCGAUCCCAUGGAAAAUGGCUCGAAUCAGCCUUCCCUCCAGCAAUGGGUCCUUUUCCAGAAGUACUAUGUGAGUUUGACCGAAAAAGGUCUUUUUUCCAGUCUAGUCUAUUACUUUUGAAAGAAAACCAUCUAAUUUUUAAUCCAAUGAGAAAUGGUCGGUCUCUCUUUUACUGCCGUCUUUCUCAAAUCUCUUUCGCUCGGGAGUUUUAUCAAAUUAUUUCCAGGAAAUGUGCUCCGUCGGUCCUGACGCCAACAACGAGAUCAAGCAGUUCAACGACGUGAACGAGAAGUUCGCCUACAUUCAGCUGCAGCACGCCGAGCAGCAGAAGGCCAAACAGAGCCAGCUACCUCCGCGAAAUCAAGACCCCAGCGGCAAGCUCCGAAUGCAGCAGAACCAGAACCUGCAAGCGAGGACCGUCGCCAAGUUUGGAGGAGGUCCAAGGCUCAUUCCGCCUCCGCCACCACCUCAGCCUCAACCUCAACCGCAGCCUCAGCUUUCGCAGAUGCCGCGGCGACAACUUCAGCCUCAACAGCAGAACAUCCGGCCUCAGCGAUGUCCAGUUCCAGUACCUACCCCGCCACCACCACCGCCGCCGCCGCAGAACAAGCGGCCGCAGAAGGAGAACAUCCUGGACUUGGCCAAGAUCUGGGAGCCGACCAGCGAGCAGUACCCGACCGUGUCAAACUUGCCGCAGUACCGGUCCUCGACCAGUGACGCCUCACUUUGGCCUCCCGCCACCAUCUACACCUCCAAAGACCUGGUCGAACUCCAGAACGACGGCGAAUUCGGUGCAAAGAGUAACUUCAGCUCCCUGGCCGAUAACUUUGUCCAGAACUUGUCGGUAAGGGUUUUUGAUGUUUUUUUCAUGUUAAGGGAUAGAAAAAAUAAGAGAUUCUUUAACGUUUUCGCAAAGUAUUUUUCUGCAUGACAAAUAUUCAGAAAGUCUUGGAAAAAUACUUGAUUCUCUUGCAGAUGUCACCCUGGACACCGCUCUCUUCCGAUGUCCUCAGCAACUUCGCGGUCGACGCGACGUCUGGCUACUCUUCUGGCUGUUCUUCCUCCAGCGGCGACGGCUCUUCAUUCGCGUCCGGAUCUCCUCGGUCGCGCUCCCUAUCCGGCGCGAACGGCGUCGAGUCGCGACCCCUGCAAAGUCGCUUCGACUUAGGCAACAUCAUGCUCGGAUCGCAUCUGGACGCCGUCUGCAGGAGUGUCGUCAACUUGGACCUUGGCGUUUCAUGCACGCCCAAUUCGAGUAUCAUGUGA